AUGAAACCCUGCAAAUUCAACAAUAGCAUGGAUUCCGGCUCAGAAGCAGACCUCCAGUGCAGAAACGGAGCAGUCUGUGAAGCGAAGUGCAGCUCCGAACGCCUGGAGAGUGCUGCCAAGCGCAGGCUGGCCGCGAAUGCCCGGGAGAGGAGAAGAAUGCAGGGGCUGAACACUGCCUUUGACCGCCUCCGCAAAGUGGUUCCCCAGUGGGGACAAGACAAAAAGCUCUCCAAAUAUGAGACCCUUCAGAUGGCCCUGAGUUACAUCAUGGCCUUGACAAGGAUUCUUGCUGAAGCUGAGAGAUACAGCGCUGAGAAAGACUGGAUUGAUUUCCACUGUGAGCAUUUCCACCAGGAGAGCUCCCACACUUACGCAGGACAAAAGGUGACUGCAGAGGUGGAUCCUUAUCAUGCACAGGGGAUUUUCAGCUUUCAGUCUGAUCACUUCUAACCUGACAGAGUGAAGAUACACAAGCCGGACUGGUCAGAUUUUGAAGCACUGGGAACAAGAACUCAGCAGCUGCAUCAGGUAAUCCUUGUCGCAUCCUUGCUCUUUGUCGUACACUGAUCUCCUUCAAGCAACACAGUUUGGAACUUUUUCAAAUGUUAUCGAUUGACGCAGAGGAUCACAAUUACUUAGCC